CUAAAUUCUCGCGCGCAAUUGUGCGGCGCAAUCGAUGCAUCGACUGCUUCGUCUGCUGCGACGUUGUUAAAAUGUGAAACUACGGGGUCCACGAUUCCGUGUGAACAGCCAUAGCGAAAUAAAAAAUGGCGGCGAACAGCGAAGUGCCGGUGGACAUCAGCGAGAGUAGCGUACUUGUCAGCGAUCACACGACACUUAAGAUGGAAACCAUGGAAGUAGCUGAGCCGGCGGUGCCAUCGGGAAAGGAUGCAGCGACGCCAAACGACAAGGAGGCAGUGUCGGUAGAUGACAUGACCUCGCGAGACUACUACUUCGACUCGUACGCACACUUUGGCAUUCACGAAGAGAUGCUGAAGGAUGAGAUAAGGACGGUGACGUACAGAAACAGUAUGUACCACAACAAGCACCUGUUCAAGGGUAAAACGGUGCUGGACAUAGGCUGCGGCACAGGGAUCCUGUCGAUGUUCGCUGCCAAGGCAGGGGCGGCUCGUGUCAUCGGAAUCGAGUGCUCGAACAUAGUCGAGUACGCGAAGAAGAUCGUUGAGGCGAACCAGCUCUCGAAUGUGAUAACGAUCCUGAAGGGGAAGGUGGAGGAGGUGACUCUGCCGGACGGCAUUGAGAAGGUAGACAUAAUAAUCUCCGAAUGGAUGGGCUACUGCUUGUUCUACGAAUCGAUGCUGGACACGGUCCUGUUCGCCAGAGAUAAGUGGCUGUGCGAAGACGGAAUGCUGUUUCCUGACAAGGCGACGCUUUUCAUAUGCGGUAUCGAGGACCGUCAGUACAAAGACGAGAAGAUAAACUGGUGGGACGACGUCUACGGCUUUGACAUGAGUAGCAUCAGGAAGGUGGCGAUAAGCGAGCCGUUGGUCGACGUCGUCGACCCAAAACAGGUCGUGACGAACGCUUGCCUGAUAAAGGAGGUCGACCUGUACACAGUUACCAAGGCGGACCUGGAUUUCACAUCGCCGUUCAAUCUUCAGGUCAGGAGGAACGACUACGUCCAGGCUCUGGUCACAUUCUUCAACAUAGAAUUCACCAAGUGCCACAAACGCAUAGGAUUCAGUACGGCGCCUGAGGCGCAGUACACGCACUGGAAACAGACUGUAUUUUACUUUGACGAUUACAUGACUGUGAAAAAAGGGGAGGAGAUAUAUGGAGUAUUCUCAAUGAAGCCCAACGCGAGAAAUAAUCGAGACCUCGACUUCAGCAUCGAACUAGACUUCAAGGGGGAAUUGUGCGAGGUGCAUGAAACCAACACGUACCGCAUGCGCUGAUCCACAAAUGGCGAAUAAAGAGAAAAUAUGAAAAUUGAUCUAGCUACUUCCGCAUUCUCUAUUAGAUAUUAAGCCCAACAAUCGGCCAAUUCUCGUGGCUCACUCAGCCGUGCCACUCUGGUCCGAUAACGACAAAAAUUAUGACCUGACCCGAGCCGCGGGUCAAAAGGAGAAGCUUGGAUGUUCGCGAUAAUCCGUUGUGGAAAAAUGGGAUUCCAUUUUUAUUUAGGAAAAACUAGAAGAAAUAAAAAUUAUAAAAUUA